CCGAUUCGUCUCCGUUCUUCUCCAUUAAACUUUCCUGGUCGUCAUCUCCAUUACAAUCUUACAUCUUCGUUCAUUACAAUAUUACAUCUCCGCUCAUUAUCAUCCGUUCACCGUUACUCUCUAUGGUUGAGAUUUAACACAGAAGAAGCAACAAUGUAUGAUGUGACUAAGAUGGAGAGCUUCAACAAUGUGAAGCAAUGGCUGAGUGAAAUCGACAUAUAUGCAAAUGAAUCAGUCUGCAAGCUUCUUGUUGGAAACAAAUGUGAUCUAGUUGAGAACAAGGUUGUGGACACACAAACAGCUAAGGCAUUUGCAGAUGAGCUCGGGAUAAAGAAAAAAAUGGGUAACCAGCCAACGGGCGACAAGAGCACAGUUCAAAUCAAAGGGCAGCCGAUUGAGCAGAAGAGCAAUUGUUGUGGUUACCUUCACACUUCACGACACCAUCAUCUUCGAGCGAUCUCCGACCCCAUCUUCGUUUUCGUCUCACACCUCCAAUCACCAUUAAUCAUCAUAGUACACUCAAUGUUAAUUAUAUUUCUGCAAAGAAAUUGUUGCUGUUGUCAUUUUGGAAUUAGAGAGAAAGAAGCUUUAGUGACAUUUCAGUUGUGAAGAUGUGAUUAUCAAUUGUGAAGAUGAAACAGUUUGAUCAAUUUAGGGAAUUAGGGAUUAUAUGUAUGUAUCAUUAAGGGUAUAAAGGAUAUUUCACAAUAGUCAAACAGUCAAACAAACGGCAGUGUGACAGAAGGACUCAAACUGUUAUGAAUUUAUAAGGUCAGGGGCUCAAAAAACCAAAAAAUGAAUUUAGGGGCUCAGGUUGAUGUUUGGCACAUACCACAGGGACGCAAAUUGC